AUGAGGUCUGCGCAGGGGGACGUAGUUCGAUUCCUGAGUCAGCUCAGUCGAACUUCCCGCAUCGUUGAGGUCACCGGCAUUCAGAGCUACCGCGUCCAGUCAACGAAUGCGCGAACGCGAUCGCAGAAUACCGCACGGAACCGGAGGCCGCGCACGCAUAGCGCGUUUGACAUUCGGCUGCAAUACGCGAAAAAAAAACGCUGUGACGAUAAAGUGGCUAAUGCAUUAAGUUGGCACGAACGGCAGUCUUCCCUCGGAACACAUCCCGAAACGCGUCCAGGGCAGUAUUUUAUGAUGGCGCGAUUCCAGUUCUUCUAUUUCUUUGCUGUAACUACGAUAGGUAUCCAAUCGACUUCCACUCUAAAUGCAUCUGUUGGAGAGAGCACAACGCCGAGCGUAUUCAGGGAAAUCGAAGAUAACAGUCGCUACAAGACUUUGGAGGCAAACGCUACCCUUUUAAAGCUUCUAGUGGACGACAAGGAUGGCGUUAGCAGUUCGGAGGUGUUCGACAUGCUCCAUUCCCGAGAUGACAACCAGCAACACAUAGACCUGCCCUCUUUUCCCGAAGACUCAGAGGCCACUCGUGUCGAAGUCACCUCGGUACCAGACUCCGACGCCGAGUUCUUGCAAGUCCCAGGCGGUACAGUGCGUAGGGACUCACAGAGAUUACGGUAUGCAGGUUCGAGAGGCGAGCCUAUUGGCGCGGCCGCCGGAAUAAUGGUCGUGGUCACUUGCUCCAUAGUAUGCGUCGCCUACACAUCGCUCGUCGUCUGGAGGAGAAUAUACCUGAAGAGAAACGGCCUAAAACAUGAACUUCUCAGAAAUGAAGAGGCAAUUGCGGAAACCCGGAUUGAAUUA